AUGGAGGAGGUGCUCCCCCAGUCGCCCCAAUGCCGUCUGCCUCCCAGCUCCCGCAUCCCCAAAGCAGGCACUGCUGCUCUCCAAGACUCUAGGUGGCCUGAGCCAGUGUUUGGGCGCCUGGCGUCCCCGAGAUUUCCAGGGGAGUACCCCAACAACCAGGAGCAGCGCUGGACACUGAGGGCACCCCCCGGCUACCGCCUGCGCGUCUACUUCACCCAUUUCCACCUGGAGCCCUCCUACCGCUGCGAGUACGACUUUGUCAAGCUGAGCGCCGGGCCCAGGGUGCUGGCCACGCUGUGCGGGCAGGAGAGCACAGACACGGAGCGGGCCCCGGGCAACGACACCUUCUACUCUCCGGGCCCCAGCCUGGACGUCACCUUCCGCUCCGACUACUCCAACGAGAAGCCCUUCUCCGGCUUCGAGGCCUUCUAUGCCGCCGAGGACAUUGACGAGUGCCUGCAGCCCCCGGGGGACCCCCCCACCUGCGACCACCACUGCCACAACCACCUGGGAGGUUUCUACUGCUCCUGCCGGGUGGGCUACAUUCUCCACCAGAACAAGCGCACCUGCUCAGCCCUGUGCUCUGGCCAGGUCUUCAGUGGCAGGUCUGGGGUGCUCAGCAGUCCCGAAUACCCACAGCCGUACCCCAAACUCUCCCGCUGCACCUACAGCAUCCUCCUGGAGGAGGGGUUCAGCAUCACCCUAGACUUCGUGGAGUCCUUUAACGUGGAGGCACACCCCGACACCCAGUGCCCCUACGACUCCCUCAAGAUCCGAACAGACAAAGAGGAAUUGGGCCCAUUUUGUGGGGAUGAGCUGCCGGGCAGGAUCGAGACCAAGAGCCACACCGUGAACGUCACCUUUGUCACCGAUGACUCGGGGGGCCACACGGGCUGGAAGAUCCGCUAUAGCAGCACAGCUCAGCCUUGCCCUGAUCCAGUGGCGCCACCUAACGGCCACAUCUCGCCGCUGCAAGCCGCCUACGUCCUGAAGGACCGCGUGGCCGUGACCUGCGACAGGGGCUAUGAGCUGCUGCAGGGCCAGCUGCCCCUGAAAUCGUUUGUGGCCGUGUGUCAGAAAGAUGGCUCCUGGGACCGGCCGAUGCCAGAGUGCAGCAUUGUCGACUGCGGGCCUCCCGAUGACCUGCCCAACGGCCGCGUGGACUACAUCACUGGCCCUGAGGUGACCACGCACAAGGCCGAGAUUCAGUAUCGCUGCAACGAGACCUUCUACACCAUGGCGGCAGGCAACGGUAAAUACGUGUGUGAGGCUGAUGGAUUCUGGACGAGCUCCAAAGGAGAAACCUCGCUCCCCACCUGUGAGCCGGUGUGUGGCCGAUCAGCCCGCGCCACCCGCGGCCGCGUCUUCGGAGGGCAGUUGGCGAAGGCCGGCGACUUCCCUUGGCAAGUCCUGCUCCUGGGCGAGGGCACCGCGGCGGGCGCGCUCCUGCGCGACAGCUGGGUCCUGACGGCCGCGCACGCCGUCUACGGGCGCAGGGAGGACGCCUCCGCCCUGGACAUCAGGAUGGGCACCCUGAAGAGAAGGUCGCCCCACUACACCCGGGCCCAGGCCGAGGCCGUGUUCAUACACGAGGGCUACGCGCACGGCGCCGGCUUCGAUCACGACGUUGCCCUGAUCAAACUGAAGCGCCCAGUGGCCGUCAGCAGCAACGUCCUGCCCGUGUGCCUGCCGGGCGCGGCCGCCGAGGCCUUCAUGAGGCCGGACGACGUGGGCACCGUCUCGGGGUGGGGCGUGACGGAGCGGGGCUUCCCCGCCCUGAACCUCCAGUUUGUCGACAUACCCGUCGUGGAGCAGCAGACGUGCGCCGCGGCCCAUGCGAGGCGGCGCGACCCCACGGCCCGGGUGACGGCCAACAUGCUGUGCGCCGGCGCGGAGCGCGGGGGCAAGGACAGCUGCAGGGGCGACAGCGGCGGGGCGCUCGUGUUCCUGGACAACACGACACACAGGUGGUUUGUGGGGGGGAUCGUGUCCUGGGGCUCCCUGAACUGCGGGGAGGCAGGCCAGUAUGGGGUCUACACCAAAGUCACUAACUACAUCCCCUGGAUCGAGAACAUCACUAACAACUUUUAACCUGCGGCCUUUAGUACGUCAUUUCCGUCACCUGCGGCCUUUAGUACGUCAUUUCCGUCUCCAAG